UUCCACUGAAGCUAAGCUAAACACAGACUCUCACCAUGUCUCAGACCGCCAAGUCCGCCUCCAGCCAGGGAACCGACGCCAAGGACAAGGGCGCCCCCCCUGCUGCCACCAGCAAGGCCACCAAGACCGGAGAGCCCGGCAUGGGGUCCUUCAGAAUGAUGAUGUUCGACCAGGAGAACUUCCAGGGAAAGAUGAUCGAGGUCCAGAAUGAGUGUAUGAACGUGUGUGACCGUGGCAUGGAUAGAGUGCGUAGUAUCAUUGUGGAGUGCGGCCCCUUUGUUGCAUUUGAGCAGACUAACUUCCGUGGGGAGAUGUUCAUCCUGGAGAAGGGAGAGUAUCCUCGCUGGGACACCUGGAGCAACUCCUACCGCAGUGACUGCCUCAUGUCCCUCAGGCCCGUCCGCAUGGACAGCAUGGAGCACAAGAUCUGCCUCUACGAGCUCUCCGACUUCAAGGGCAACAAGAUGGAGAUCCAGGAGGAUGAUGUUCCCACCCUGUGGGCGCAUGGGUUCUGUGACAGAGUGGGCAGCGUGAGGGUUCCUGGAGGAUCUUGGGUGGGUUACCAGUACCCCGGAUACAGGGGCUACCAGUACCUGUUUGAGUGCGGAGACUACAGACACUACAACGAUUUCAGCGCCUACCAGCCUCAGAUGCAGUCCAUGCGUCGCAUCAGAGACAUGCAGUUCCACCAGAGAGGCUGCUUCACCUUCACCGCCGCCACCAAGUAAAUACUGACCCCACCCACCAUCUUUAGAUCUCCAACCCUUCCCUAAAUCUACACCACCAUCAUGGCUCCAUCCCAAAGGAAAGACCGGAUGAGAACUCAACAUCCACUGACUUUUUAUGGUGCUAAAAAAUA